ACGGUGAAGCUGUGGAAGAUCAGUGAGAGGGACAAGCGGCCCGAGGGAUACAACCUGAAGGACGAGGAUGGAAGGAUCCGGAAUCCCUCCACCAUCACGUCUCUACGGGUGCCUGUGCUGCAGCCCAUGGACCUGAUGGUGGAGGCCACGGCGCGGCGUGUCUUCAGCAACGCACACACCUACCACAUCAACUCCAUCUCCGUCAACUCCGACCUGCAGACCUACAUCUCCACCGACGACCUCCGGGUCAACCUGUGGAACCUGGAGAUCACCGACCGGAGCUUCAACAUCGUGGACAUCAAGCCGUCCAACAUGGAGGAGCUGACGGAGGUGAUCACGGCGGCCGAGUUUCACCCGCAGCAGUGCCAGACCUUCGCCUACAGCAGCAGCAAGGGCUCCAUCCGCCUGUGUGACAUGAGGCAGGCGGCCCUCUGCGACAAGCACUGCAAAUACUUUGAGGAGCCCGAGGACCCCUCCACCCGCUCCUUCUUCUCCGAGAUCAUCUCGUCCAUCUCUGAUGUCAAGUUCAGCCACAGCGGGCGCUACCUGAUGACCAGGGACUACCUCACGGUGAAGGUGUGGGACCUGCAGAUGGAAAACAAGCCGCUGGAAACCUACCAGGUCCAUGACUACCUAAGAGGAAAGCUUUGCUCUCUGUAUGAGAACGACUGCAUCUUCGACAAGUUUGAGUGCGUCUGGAACGGAUCAGAUAGUGUGAUCAUGACCGGCUCCUACAACAACUUCUUCCGGAUGUUUGACCGCAACACCAAGCGUGACGUCACCCUGGAGGCGUCCAGAGAGAACAGCAAGCCCAGGGCUAUCCUCAAACCCCGCAAGGUGUGCGUCGGGGGGAAGCGUCGCAAGGACGAGAUCAGCGUGGACAGCCUGGACUUCAGCAAGAAGAUCCUCCACACCACCUGGCACCCCCAGGAGAACAUCAUCGCCGUGGCGGCCACCAACAACCUCUACAUCUUCCAGGACAAAGUCAACUAGACCUCCAUCUGCACCCUCUUACUGCCCCAAUCCGUCCACCCCGUCUACUACUACUACCCCCGUACCAGCCCUUAACCCCGCUCAAGGGAGUAGGGCCAAGAGAGAGGUGCAUGGAGAAGAAGGAAGAGAGCGAUUGGGAUGGAUUUGCUCUUCCUUCCUCCUGUUCGUCCUGGUUAGGUUUCACAGCUCUCUUCAUCGCUUAAGGCGGUGCAGCGCAUCCUGGGAAAGGUUGAAUGUCCGGUAGGGUAUCCUGUGACUGGUUUUUGACACUGAGGGACAAAUUAGACGGUUUGGAAAGUGAAACCCUAUCCCAGCCUGGAUACAGCUGGAUAGAAAACCGAUACGUCUACGCCCGGAAUAAAAAGAUCACACGAGACAAAAAAGAAACCUUGCACAAGCUGUUUUGUGUGUCCGCAACUCUUAACUCGUUGAAUUUAAUUUAUUUAGCCACACAGACACCCAUCUCCCCCCCUCCCCCUCGAAUAGGCCAUGAAUCUGUGUCCUUGCAAAGAGCACUGCUGGAAGAUCGAAAAGACAAUUAUUUUACAAAAAAAGACGGAUGUGAGAUCUGUGAACAAAGAGCACAUGGACGAAGGAAGGAAUCUACAGCAAGCGAGGGAUGCUCAACGUGACGACAGCACCCCCUGGUGGCCGUUCUGCUAAUGCUGCGGUGCAUGCGUUUAACCCCAAAGGUUCUCAGACUAGAGAUGUCAUCAUGGGGCCUCAGCAGACAGCGCCACCCCCACUCCCGGUGGUGAUCUGUCUGAAUUUGGACUGUUAUACCAAUGGAAAAUGAUCCAGAACUUAUUUGCUUUGGUAGCACUGGAAAUCGAAGACAGCAGCUGUUGUGUUAAUGCCUGUGACUUAACUUGUAUUAUUUUUAGUAUUUUUAUGUUAAUGUCCCUCGAGUGAGAAACGUAUGUGUUGUCAUUGUGAAGGAGGAAGAACCAAUGGUCGUUCUUCGAGGCCGUCGUCAUUUUUAUCGAGUCCUUCCCUCUUGGUCAAACGAUUCUGUUUAGAAGCUGUGGUGCCUUCUUUUUAGUAUUUGGGGGUUUGA